UAGCUGUCAAACGGUUGUUGACUUUUGAUGGGUGUUGCUUGCGUUCUUCAAUAGGAUUUACGAAAAUAUAUUAGAAAAUAAGUACUAAACAAAUUAUCUUAUUGUGUCGUGUUGAGUGAAACAAAGUGUGUUUUAUUUCUUAUUUUUCACACUACAAUUUGUGUUGUUUGUGAUAAGUUAACUUGGAGACAUGGAUACAUUAAUUUUGUUUUUCGACUCGCGUCCUGUUUAAUAAGAGUACAAUCGUGUUUUUCAUUCUAUUUAGCAGGAAUUUCAUGCGGUUUGAAUUGUUUUUCUGCAUUUUUUUACUUAGUGUGCCGUGUGUGGUUGUGAAAUUGGUUUUGUGUCCAAAAAUGGAUUUCCUUCGCCUGUGAUUCAAUAAGGAUUUACCUCCUACAAAGAAGGGCUCCCCUCACGGCUCCGUGAUGUCUUGCCAGUCGCUCGCGGCGCGCGCCUUCGCCGAGCCAGAGAAAGACAGCAUGACACACUGCACCACCUUUCAUAGAUCCGUUCGCUUCAGCUCGGAGUCCCGGAGCUCGACAAGAGCGUCCACAGACAAUGAGUGCAAACGGGAAACGCCUGGUUCGAUAUCGCUGACGGCCUUGACAAUGACACCAGUGACGUCACAGGCGUCUGCCAUGAGCCAAUCGGCGCCGCCCGCUUCAGCCACAUUCGACAUGGAUGACACUCCUGCACCCCCCGUGCCAAGUUGCCGUUUCCCAAAGUUAGAAGAGUGCGCACAUUUUCACUACGAAAGGGUGUCUCUAGGCGGGCUCAGUGUAGAAGCGUUGCCUUGUGAGGAGAAAGACGCAGAUCCUGACGAAGGCUGGGUUUGCCUCCGGGUCCGUUCCCACGUGAACUCCUCUAUACAAGAUGCUGCUGAACUGAGGCAGCUCAGCGCCAGCUGGACCGAAGCCGUGGACGUGAGCGAAUGGACCCUGACGCGAAGCAAACGGCAUAUGAUACAACUGGACGAUAUGUUGCACAGAUGCAUCUACGAUCGCAAAGUCUCCGGUCUGCCGAACCUCAAAGAAGCACCAAACCCCAUGGAACCGACCAGCUGGUGGCGUCUGGUGGCAGACUACGUCCAUCACCUCUCCAUCAUCGCUGAUGAUGCCUUGACUUGCGGACCGGUGCUGAAUUGGCUGCAGAUGGAUAACAAAGGACACAAACUUCUAGUGGCCAACGAAGACUCCAGUUCCAUCAACACACCAGCCGUAGCCGCUGCAUACUCAGUGAGGAAAUACGUCUCGCAGGCUCGAGAUGAAAUCAGCUUUGAAGUGGGCGAUAUGAUCUCAAUAAUCGAUAUGCCAGGUCCCAACGAAUCACUAUGGUGGCGAGGCAAACGCGGUUUUCGCGUUGGCUUCUUUCCACACCACUGCGUCGCCGUAAUAGGGGACAAAGUCCCACGGCAUAUGACUCAACCUCCGCCUAUAGUGGGGUCCGUAGCAAUGGCUCCGAUAAAACCUGUACUCCGCAAACACGGGAAGCUCAUCAGUCUAUUCCGAAGCUUCAUACUGUCCAGACCUUCCCGAAGAAGUCUUAAACAGCAAGGGAUAUUAAGGGAAAGAGUGUUCGGAUGCGACCUGGCUGAACAUUUGCUGAAUUGCGGCCAUGAUGUGCCGCAAGUGUUGGUGUCGUGCGCGGGCGCAAUAGAGUCCCGCGGCGCGGUAGACGGCGUUUACCGCCUGUCAGGCGGUUCAGGUCUCACGCAGCGGUUGCGCGCCGCCUUCGACGCGGGAACAGCACCGGAUCUGACCGCUCCCGCUGUCACCAGAGACCCGCACGCUGUGCCGAGUUUAUUGAAGAUGUAUUUCAGGGAACUCCCUAAUCCCCUAUGCACGUAUCAACUGUACGAGAGUUUUGUACAAGCCGUACAACAGGACGAAGCCAACAAACUGAAGGCGGUUCGUGACACCGUAGUCAAGUUGCCUCCACCGCAUUAUAGGACCCUCUCGUACUUGAUGCGGCAUCUUCGACGGAUAUCUCUGCUUGGCGACAAGACGGGCAUGACAGCGCGAAAUAUGGCCAUAGUAUGGGCUCCGAAUCUACUGCGCAGUCCUCAUGCUCAUCACGCGUUACACGGCGUCGCUGUACAGGCGGUGAUAACAGAGUUCCUAAUAUGUUACGCGGAAGAUUUGUUCGGCGAAGAACAAGGAGCCGACUCUGGAGAUAGUUCCGGUCCGAACUCCAUCGAACUGGAGAGGCGUUCCCCACCCCGUUCAGACCCAGAUUGCAGUCGUCGACCGAAAAGCUUGCCUCUGGGGCCACCUACCAAGUUACUAAGCUUAGAAGAAGCCCGUCGUCGUGGCAGAGGGCCAGGUUGUGGGGGAGAUUCGAUGGGGGGAAUGACUCCCCCCGCCCCUUCAGGAAAUAUCGCUUCGGCUGCCACUCAAUUAAGGCCCUCCUCGCAUCUAAGGCCGAAAUAUAUAGAGGUUGGAUCGGGACCCAACAAUCUACCACAAUACCAUACGGUUCUCGAUCUUCCAGUACCUGGUAAGCGUGGUGUCAAGCGCUCCCCUUCCGGGUGGCGCGGGUUGUUCUCUCGAUCCAAACACCGUGCCGCCCCUCCACCGCCACCACCGCAGCACACACAAGAACCAAUACCAUCAUCCUCGUGUGGCAUACGUCCAGUAAAAUCCUGCGAGUCUCUAACAUCGGACACGGAUACGUUGGCCCCGCUGGACGUUCGCCCCCCGGUUCAAUAUAAACACCACACCAGAUCUUCGUCCUGCGACUCAUACUUCGAGCCGUGGCAGGCUGAGUUAGCCGAUAUGCGUUUACGACUAUCACCACAAGAACGAGACUUACAUAUGUUCAGCGAAGAAGACGACCGCCAUAUUGCUGCGCAGGACGAUUCUGCAGCAUCAACGCCCCCCGGGUCCAUAUCCAGCGCUGAACCCAGUCCAAGGAGGCAACUGCGAGUCGAUAUAGAGGCUGCCAAUGAAAUGGCCGAUAGACAGCGCUGGGUAGAGGAGGUUUCCCGCAUGGGGUAUAUAGACGGGGAAUCCCCGCGACCCGCUGAGAAAAGACCCCCUGCACCACCCGCCCCCACUAUCGACGAUCACGCUAAACGGUUGUGCAAAGACAGAGAGAGUCCUGUAUCGUCUUCAGUUGACAUGCCGACACCAUUGACUUCAGUGAAAAUGAGGGAGAGAAACUCGCCGAGAAAAGUUAAAAGCUCAUCACGCUACAGCGGCUUACAUCACCCCCUUAACUUAGAAGAGAAAAAUAUGCACCGCCUCUCUUGGCAUGGAAAAGAUCAUUCCACUUUAAUAAAAGUCGAUUGGCCCAUAGAGAACUCUUCCGUUAGCAAUCUUACCACAAGCACAAUUAAUUCGAGCCCUUUAACACCAAUAACUCCAAUGUACGAUCCUUUAGAAAGCGAUUCUGAAGUCAGUGAUACGAACAAACGUACAAUCAAAGUUAACAAUUGUGAUAAUUGCGACGAGGAAAAGUGUCUGAAAUGUGAAUUAAAAGCUGCAGAUAACGAUAUUAACAUUUAUCCAAGAGAUAGUCUAGACCCUAGUCCUAUACAUUCAACAGAUGUUAGUUAUCAGAAUCUUAACAGGCUUUCGGCCGUAUCGACGUCAUCGAAUUCGGAGUCGGACAAAAAGAGACAGUACGAGAACUGUGACGUCAUGAAAGUGAUGACCUCAUCGCACGAGAGCUCGUCGAGCUACUCCAACGCGAGUUUCACCAAACAAAGUGAUGAUUACGAAACGUACAACUUUAAUAGGCCAAAUUAUAUUAAUUUGCAAUCUUCCUCCACAUCCAAAAGUUCGCCGGGUAGCCCGUUGAAAAGCCCCUUAAAAUCUACCAUUAGUAUAACAUUCCGAUCGCCCACCAAGACUAAAACCCCCGAGUAUGAACCCAUAGAUAAUGUAGACACCCCCACCAAUGAUAGAGAUUCCGUGUACGAAGACAUAGAUUUGGAGAAAAACCUUUCUAUAGUAGAAGAGGCCAGUGUGCCGGAAACGGAUGCUUCGUUACCGACACAACAGGCUUGCCAACCUGAAGACUUUAAAGAUUUAAUAAUCCUAGAAACACCAACAGACCAAGUAGACGUAUAUAGCCAAGUAAAGUUUUUUAAGAAGAGCAUAGAAGAAGUCAACGCGAUGAUAUUGGAAACGCCCGAAAAAGAGACGCCAAAUACAUUUUUUAAGGAGACGACAUAUGAAAACAUUGAUUUCGAACACAAAGAAUAUGAAAAUAUCAACGUUGAAACGCUGAAAAUCUGUGAUAAAGAUCUGUCUAUAAAUGUAGAUAACAAAGAACCUAAUCUCGAAAAGGAAAACGGGAAUAUAAUCAAAGUUUCCAGUUUGAACGUUAGAGAGUUAGCUAAUAGAUUCGAAAGUCCAACGGAACAAAAGGGUCCUUUUACUUUCGAGAAAUUCAAAGCUGAAAUUAAGUAUCCUAGUUUAGAGAGAAAAGAGGAAGACAAAAAAAUCAAUAAAGAAGUGAGAAAAAAAGAUUUAACCAUAAAACUACCUCCCCCAGUAUCCCCUAAAACAUAUAAACUAUCAAAGCACUCUUGCAACGCGCGGUCGUUGGAUGAGAACGCAUUCACCAAAGAGUUCGGCGACGACAAAACCUACGUGGACAGAAGAAAAAGCUUAGAAGUCAAAGACAAGCAGAGCAAGGUGUUGCCAGAUCUGAAUUUGAAUAUAGAAGAGGGCAAAACCGAGAGCGUCACUCCUACGACAGAAAAUAAAAUUUCCUUGGUGCAGAGGUUUGAGAAGAGGCCUACUGAUUUAAAAGCCUUGCUGAAUUUCGACUCUGAAAAGAAGCUGAGUAGAGAACGAAUAGAGAAGUAUAAAGAGGAGAGGCGGAAUUUCCUGCGAGAGAAGUACAGUUCGCAAUCGUUCAGAAGUAAUCCAGAACAGCUGACUAGGAUAAAGAUUAAGAAGGAGCAAGACAAAAUUGAGACUUGCGAGAGACUAAAAGAGGAGUUGCCGAAAUUCGAGAGAAGGAAUACUGUGGACUUAGGGCAGAGAAUGAGGUUUUCGCUAGCUAAAAGUGUGAACAAUUUGGACACCAUACCGUCCCCUUCUAGUCCUGAGAAAAAAGUGGAGUUGAGAAGAGAAGGCGAGAGUAGCAAUGGCGCUGGACGCAAAGAAUUCGAUAGGAAAGAAAAAAUGUCGCCUUCGUACCACAUCAAAGAUAUGGCAGCUCUCUUCGAACAAAAGUCCCAGACGAACGGUUGACGAAACGCAAGCGGCGCCGCGCGGCAUAACUAACUCUGUAAGGCAUGGCUUAAUUUUUUGUAUUAUACACAUUGAACGUCAGACGCAAAUAACACUUAUUGCCAAGCAAUAAAGUUUAUCGAUAUGAUAAAAAAUUUGUUAUAGCCAAAAUUUCAUUCUUAUGUAAAGGAAAUUAAAUCUUAUCGCAUUUGAAAAUAAGCUUCAAAUUUUCAAGCAAGCAUUGCAUUCGAAAUAAUGUAAAAACUUUUUUGAGCAUUAUAAAAAUCUAUAUAAUUCAUACAGUAUUUUUGUUUGUCUGCUUACCGAUUUAGACAUGUUUUUGAAAGCAAAAAACCCUAUUUACUUGAACCAUAGGGGAAUACAAAAUUAAUGAAUUCUAAAACAGUCUGAUCCGUAUUAAUAUAACUUUAUUAUAAAUGAAUAAAAUUAAAUUGUAAAAGUUAAGUGCUUUUUUGGUGCGAAAUUAUUUGUUAAUUAAUUAAAAAUAUAAUCUUUUUCUUAUAAAGGGUACUUUUAGCUUAGGUACUAAAUGUAUACAUGUUAUAUAUGCCCAAUAUGCUCGCGCGGCGCCUUUCGUAAAAUUGUUAUUAUAAUAUUAUUAUAUAUAUAAAAUAUAAUUGUAAGUAGUUAACUCGAGUGAUAGUGACUGUACAGUAUGAAAGAGUGGAAUCUCACAUUGUUUUUUUUGUCAAAUACCCGCAUUUUACUUGCCUAUUCGCGUUUGCUAUUCGUAUAAUUGACAUCAGGGUGUCCUUUUCGGGUGUAUGUUUGAGCUCACGAAAACUAUCAUAGUUUUCGAAUUGUAAAUUAUGUUUCCAUCAUUUCCAUUUUGGUGAAAAGUAAUCAAAUAUACUUGAAAUUUAUGAAGAUGCAAAUGAGUUAAUGAUAGAAUAUAAACACUGUUUAUUUGUAUUGAAACGAAAACAAUAAAAUCAGUACCCUUAGUACGAGUGCGAGCUCACGAAAACUAUCAUAGUUUUCGUAAUUGUAAAACUCGUACUAAGGGUACUGUAUACUGGUCAGUACUAAUGACGUCAUGAAUCGACGCUAUACUGGUGAAUAGGGGUGAUGACGGGGUACAGUAAACGAAAUUCUAUUUAGUCCGUCAGUUAAAUAAUCAAAAAAUAAUGGACACGUAUUUUUUCUUUGGGCAAUCAACCAAAAAAUGACAAAGUUAUAGCGCGUCAAAGUCUGGGAGUAGGGGCUCGUGACGUCACUUUUGAGUGAAUUUUCACUUAUAAGUGUACUCAAACGUGACGUCAUGCGACUUUUCAAAUCAAUAUAUCUCUGCAAUGUUUAUAUUAUGUGAAAAAAGAAAAAAUACGUGUCCAAUACUUUUUGAUAAUCUACCUGAUAAACGAAGAAAAAAAAAAUUAGUCAUCAUCCCUAUUGUUCCGAAAUAUAAUGACCAGUGCACUGACGUCAUCAAUCGAUGAAAUAUUAAACAUAGUGCGAAUAAAGAAGAUUUUUUUAUUCACCUCAUCAAUUAAAAGGAAUUCUUUUUGUUCGGAUGCCAUUAUUGUUCUUUAAAUAAAAAAAGAAAUAAAAUUCGAAUGCAUCUCACGCACGCUAGGUCAUACGUCAUAUUCGUUUUCCCGGUAAAAAUAUGGUCGCAUACCAGUACAAUAUGGCGUCUGAUUCGUGACGUCAUUACCACUGACCAGUAUACUGAUGUUUUUUUCGGAAUACACCCUUCAUUCCUUAUAGAGCAUGAUACGGACAGAAUGUUGUCAAGUUUACAAAUAGCAAAUACGAAUAGACAAGUGGAGUGCAGGCAUAACACUUGUGUAUAUUAUGUCUGUACAUGGUAUAAUGUAAGUGAUUUGUUAUCGUGUUGACUUAUUUAUUAUUAUUUUUAUUUUUAAUUAUAACCUUGUAACUGUGACUAUUUGAUAAUUAUCGAUACCCUAAUUGUUUUUAAUGAUAACCAUCACACGGAAACGUCUAGUAUUAUUUCUUAUUAUUAUUUUUAUUUAAUGAGUCUCUCUAAAGGUGGCUCUCUGAGAUGUGAAUUAGUUUUUAUGUCUUACAAGCAGUGCCCCGCGGUUUAUUAGGGAUAUUCUCUUGCAGUAAAACGUGGCCUAUGUGUUAAACCAGGGUGUCAGCUAACUCCAUACCAAAUUUUAUUGAAAUCUCUCCAGCCGUUUAGACUUGACUUGCGUCUAUAUAACAUUAGUGUGAUUAAGUACCGUGUUGUCUUAUGAAGGCCAUACACAUUAGGUUUUGCAUGAUAGUUUUAGCCGAAGAUGCAUAACCGACAGGCAAGCCCUUACGUGUAUGUGAUAAAACUGUACAGUUUUCGGCGCAUGUAACUCGGUUAUGCAUGUCGGUUAUAAAUGCACGGUUAAAACCAUCAUGCAAAACCUAACGUGUAUAGCCUGCAUUAUAGUGAAGGCACAUUUAGCAUUAUCCAAUCUGAAAGUCUCAAAUCAGUCGAUUGUGCUGAAAAUUAUUUUCUAUAUUCGACCUUAUCGCACUGUCAUUACAGGUCAGUAUAAAGUCAAAUACAGGUCGAAAUACAAGCCCAUAAGUCCAAAAGUUUGAUGUAUUCAUCUAGUGCUAACUGUGCCCCGCGGUGUUUCCCGUGGUUUAUUAGCGAUAUUUUUACGCACUAAAACGUAGCCUGUGCGGUAAUCCAGGGUGUCAGCUAACUCCAUUACAAAUUUUAUUAAAAUCGCUCCAGCUGUUCAGACGUGAAGAAUUAACAAACAUACACACUCACAAACUUGCGCCUUUAUAAUAUAAGUGUGAUUAAGUCCCGUGUUGUCUUAUAGUGAAGACACAUUUAGCAUUUCCCAAUCUGAAAGUCUCAAAACAAUCCAUUGUGCUGAAAAUUAUUUUCUAUAUUCGACCUUAUCGCACUUUCAUUACAGGUCAAUAUCAAGUCUGUAUAUAUCAAUACAGGGAGAAAAAAUCAGCCCUUGCUGAGUUUCUUGCCUGUUCUUCUCAGUACAAGGUCUCCCGCCGUAGAUUUGCGAACCGAUGGCGUAGCUUCUUGACCUUCACAAGUGCUUCUAACAGCCUAGACUGAAUAAAUGACUUUUCAUUUUAUUUCAGUCAAAUACAGGUCGAAAUACAAGUUAGAAUGCAUUCAUCUAGUACUAACUGUGCCCCGCGGUGUUACCCGUGGUUUAUUAGGGAUAUUUUUACGCAGUAAAACGUAGCCUGUGCGUUAAUCCAGGGUGUCAGCUAACUCCAUUACAAAAUUUAUUAAAAUCGCUCCAGCCGUUUAGACUCGAAGAAGUAAUAAAAGUACACACACACAAACUUGCGCCUUAAUAAUAUUUAUUUAUUAGGACCACCAGAGACAGUUACAUUAAAUCUUAUUUUUAAAUAUUAUAGUGAUACAUACAAAAUGCAAAAUUCUAUUGAAGGUAGAUCAUGUUUAAGAGACAGUACGAAUGGACCGAAUUUUAAUUAAAUAAACAAACAGAAACACAAACUGAAACCACAUGUAAAUAAUAAAGUUUACGAACUAUUAGUGGCUUUGAAACUAUAGACAAUAGAAAACGAAUAAAACUAGUUUAAACGGGAUAAUGCACGAAACUUUAUUUAUUUAUUGACGUUUCGUAGCCUUUCCAGGCUUCGUCGUCAGAAUAAAACUUUUGUUUUAAAAACGUCAAUAAAUAAAUAAAGUUUCGUGCAUUAUCCCGUUUAAACUAGUUUUAUUUAAUGAGUGAUGUGCGUGAAAACCUAAGAAACAAAUAGAAAACGAAUAUAUAUAAUUAUGAGAUAUAACAAAUUUAACGACAAAAAUAAAAAUAAAAUUAGCCUACGCUAUAUUAGUGUGAUUUCUGUGGUUUUCCAACUUUGGCUUGCGAGGGUUUUAUAAGAUUAAUUUUUAUAUUGCAUUAGUUGAAUAGAAAGUGACAGCCUCUUUAAUCAAACUUAAAAGCUAGUUGACAUCUCUGAGAGCGGCCACAAGUUUGUUUUUAAGUUUGUACAGAUGCGCGCGUAAUUGUUUUUUUUUUGUUAUUUUUUUAUAAUUUAACUUUAGCUUACACAUGUUCUCACAGCAACUGAAAAAUGUAUACAAAUCGACUGCACAUACUGUGAAAUACAUUUGUUUGAAAUAAAUAUCUUGGUUUUUUAAAGCAAACAAAGCAGUGCUUUUAGCCUAUACAAUGUUAAUUUUUCAAUUGACAAUGUAAGGUAUUAAGGUAUUGUCUAAUAAUCUCUUAUCUAAUAGACAAGUCCGUCCGUCCGUCCGUGGUGCUGUUUCAGCGGCCAAACCGUAAGAGAUAGAUAUAGAGAAUGUUCAAGUUAUAAGUUAAGAAUAGUCUGACAAGACUACAAACCGGAUGUGAGUAACGUAGCACUUCAGGUUUUCGAGAAAUCACGUGAUUUCUAUUUCAAACGAAACCACACAAAAUCUCCGAAGUUCUCAAUUAAUUAAAUACAUUUUUUUUUGUGAACAUUUGGUUCACUGGGUUGCUAGUCUUUAAUAAUUAUGUUCCCGAUUGUACGGUUAAAUUACGACUGAUGGUUGAAAAUUAAAUGUGUAUAGAAAAAUGAUUUUAGCUUUUGCCGUUCAAAGUUUAGUUUCCUUUGUGCUACAUUCUGUAAUGGGAAAAGAAUAUAAUUGAUAGGAUAAAAUAUGCGGAAUAUAUCACAUGUCACAAACAAAAGGGUAUUAUAGUUAUGUUUUUAUUUAUUUUAAAGCAUUUAACUGCUAGAUGUUUAAAUCUAAAGAAAAGUUUACUAGAAAAAAUCCACACGGACCAGGCAGCGGACGGGACGGGCGGUCUUUAGAUUUAAACAUCUAGCAGUUAAAUGCUUAAAAAUAAAUAAAAACAUAACUAUAAUUGCUAUUUCUUCUUUCAAAUGUUUAAUACUUGAAAAAGUAUUCAUUUGACAUUGUGGGUUGCCUACAAUGCGAAGAGAUGGCGCUGCCUUGCAGCUUAAGGCUAGGAAAAUUUCGACGCGGCCAAUAGGGCCGUGGUAGCAUAAUGGUCAGUGGAAUGCACGGAUUGAAAAGGGAAUCUUCAAAAACAGUGUUUUGAGAUAUCGCGUUUUGAAGUUUAAAAAAUCAUUGUAGCGGAACUACUUGUUCAAAUGUUUAAAAUGAUACCUUGAUUUAAGCGUACAUUAUCCUUCUUUGCGUUGAGUAAGUUUAGUUAGUGUAUCAAUAGUAGUUUUUAUUUUAAAAGUACUUUUAUAUGACUGGGUAAAGAGAAUACCCUCAUGUUAAAAUUAAAACGUAUCAUUUUAAAAUAAUUUCGCUGAAAAUAACAUAUUAAAUAAAAUUAAACAGGCCGGAGGGUAUUAUUUUAAAUAAAACUUGAAACUUGUAUUAAUCCGAACGGGCAAUAAUAGGGUAUUAACUUAACUUAAUACUGUUUAGAAUACUCACAAUCAUAAAUUUUGCCUAGAAAUUGACGACAUGUGCUGCUAUAAUUCAAAAACUAUUUCGAAUUAAAAUACAAUUAUCUUACCAGUUUAUAGAGAAAACUAGCAAACCAGUGAACCAAAUGUUCACCAAAACCUGUUGAGAACUUCGGAGAUUUUAUGUGGUUUCGUUUGAAAUUCGUGAUUUCUCGAAAACCGGAAGUGCUACGUUAUUCAAAUCCGGUUUGUAGUCUUAUCAGACUAUUCUUAACUUAUAACUUAAACAUUCUCUUUAUCUAUCUCUUACGGUUUGGCAGCUGAAACAGCACCACAGACGGACGGACGGACUUGUCUAAUAGAUAAGAGAUAAUGUAGUUUUCGAAACGCAAAUAAAAAAAAUGGUUUUGCCUACUUAAUACCCUAUUGUUUGUGACGUGCGAUAUGUUUAUUUGAAGCUUCCACGUUUAAUUUAUCAAAGUGGCUAGUUGAACAAUUUGCAAUAUAUAGAUUAUUGCAUAUUCUGGCAUGAUCCUCUAAACUUAAAAUUCACGUAACUAAAUUGAUAUGAAGUUAAUGUCGUGAUAGUGAGAAGUGAUAUUUUUUGUAUAACAAGCGUCUACAGGCUGUGGUGGCCGCUUACCGUUAAGCCAUACGCUUAUUUGCCACCCUUUGAAUAUAAAAAAAAUGCGAUAUACAGGGUGUUACAAAAAUACUAAUAAAGCUUGAAGGGCGUUGAAGUACAUCAUAUAAGGAGUCUUCUCUAAUUUUCUUGAAAUAUUUGCUUGAAGUUUUAACUUUUGUAUAAAAAAUUUAAAUUAUAAAUUAAAAAUUUAAUGAUCCUCGUACUAGUGACAUGUCUUAAAAUGAUCGAUAUUUUUAUAAAUCAUUAAAAAUAACUGUUUUUUAUAAAAUGUUAAAACUUCAUACAAAUAUUUUAAGAAAAUUAGAGAACACUCCUUACAUGAUAUACUUCAACGCCCUUCAAGCUUUAUUUGUAUUUUUGUGACAUCCUGUAUAAACCGCCUUUUAAUGAUUUGUCGUCACCGAUAACUAGCUGAAGCUCGUUCAAAUAUAUAAACAUUAAACUCGUAUAAAUUUAGUCACGUACUAAUUUCAGAACAUCCACCAGAAGCCAUACAUUUCUAAUUUCAAUGCUAUUAGUGAAAUAUUAAAGAUUAAAGACUUUAAACUCUGUGGGUGUAUUCCGAAUCAAACACCAGUGCGCUGGCCAGUGGUAAUGACGUCAUGAUUUCGACGCCAUAUUGACAACACUACUACUACACCAGUGCAAUAUGACGUCGAAAUCAUGACGUCAUUACCGCUGGACAGCGUACUGGUUUAUAUUUCUGAAUACACCCUGUAACAGUAUGUAUAAAGCGGUUAUUUCACGUAUCUGUGUUGCCAUACUGUAGCGGAAUUAAAAAAUAACGUGAGAAUAAAAAAAAAUACAGAAAAUGUGCAUUUAUUAAUUAACGAUAUAUAUUUUUGUAAGCAGUAUUCAAGUGUUUAGUGACAUAGAGUUAGAUAUUGUACCUUAUGAUAUGAUAUGUGAUGUGUCAGUGGUACUAUGUUAUUUAGAUGCAUAUAACUAUGUUUUUUUUUAAUAAUUUACUAGCUGUGCCCCGCGGUGUUACCCGCGCUUUAUUAGGGAUAUUUUCCUAUGUGUUAAUCCAGGAUGUCAGCUAACUUCAUACCAAUUUUUAUUAAAAUCGCUCCAGCCGUUUAGACGUGAAUAAGUAACAAACAUACACGCUCACAAACUUUCUCCUUUAUAAUAUUAGUGUGACCAUAGUGCUGAGACACGAGCCUUCUUAAUGGAUGGAAUAACAGAACUAGAGACCUAUCGCCUAACGGGUUUGCUGUGGCUAUCGCUAUCGCUUAGGAGUUUCGUAACCUCCUGCAAUGCAGAAGAAAAAAAUGGAGCGAGGCAUUCGAAAACCUUAGGCAGUCGAAAAUAACAAAAUGAAAUUGUAAGCGAUGGCGAUAGCAAUAACAAUCCUUUUAGGCGAUUAGCCGCCUGGGGUCUAAACAUAUGAUUUUUACUCAUUACACAAUCCCUGUUUGAUAUAUUGAAAAAAAAAUGCAGAUUAACAAUUAUUGUUUUAAUUCUGAGAUAUUGCGAAUAUCGUUAAAAAAUAAGACCACUCCGCUCCUCCGUUCCUCCGUUUUAUUAAUAAAUAAUGCUUUAUAUUUUUUUUAAAGGCAGCUAAAAGGGGUGAUCAUGGGGUACAGUAAACGAAAUUCUAUUUAGUCCGUCAGUUAGAUGAUCAAAAAAUAAUGGACACGAUUUUUUUUUGGGCAAUCAACCAAAAAAUGACAAAUUUAUAGCGCGUCAAAGUUUGGGAUUAGGGGCUCGUGACGUCACUUUUAAGUGAAAAUUGUACCAAAACAUGACGUCAUACGAUUUUUCAAAUCAAUAUCUCUGCAAUGUUUAUAUUAUGUGAAAAAAGAAAAAAUACGUGACCAAUACUUUUUGAUAAUCUAAUUAGUCAUCAUCCCUAUUAUAAUAAUAGUAUUCUUUAUAGUAUAACACCACAAAGGACAUAAAAAUAAAAUAACACUGAUAGAUAGACAUUACACAAUGCGCGGCCUUAUUGCUUAAUAGCAAUCUCUUCCAGACAACCCAUGAUGGAAAAUGAAGUAAGUAUAUAAGAACAAAAAGGGGGGAAGAGUGUAAAAGCAAAAUUAUAAAAUAAAAUGAAAAGGUAAUUAUAAUAAGAUGCAUAUUUCUAUUUAAAGCAAAAAAAGAAACAGCAGCUAAUAGAUUUAAGAACAUUUAAUUUUAAUGUGUAGGUUAGUCAUGGCAUAUUUCAUUGUCAAACACGGAGGAAAACAUUAUGCAACCAUUUUGUUCAAAGCUUGUAACACACCUAUACACUCACGUGUUCCCUCCCUCUUACAACCUGGGUUCCUUUAAAAGAGGCGUGAAGAAGCAACAUGCAGGCCGGCAGGGUGAGGAUGGCUGGUGUGGCAGGUAGAACUGCUGUAUCAGCUAUCUGCGCGUCUGCACUUCACCUUCACCUAACAUCAGGUGGGGUGGAGUCAUUUGUCGGACCUAUCUAUAAAAAAAAAAGUUAGUAAUUUCUUAAAUAAUAUGUUUACUCAAAUGACAUAGUUCCAUUGACACACACAAGCACCCUACUAUGUAAAUAAAGAUGAAACUUAUUGUUAGUAAAAAUACGAGCACCUUUUGUAAUAUAAAAUACUGAACUUCUGAAUGAAAUAAUAAUGACGAUAGCAAUGUAAUUAAUAAUGCUGAACAAUAAAAAAAAUAUUCCGACAAUAAAUAUUUAUAAAAAUUCAACUUCGAUCUCUUCGUAAAAUAAAUUUUAAGCAGUACAUUUGUGAUGGAAUAAUGGUUUUGCUGACUUGUGAUCUGAAAAUAUGUAAAAAAAUAGCCCUUGCUGUUUCUUGCCGGUUCCUUUCGGUACAAGGUCUCCGUAGAUUUGUGACUUUCAGAAAUUCUUAUAACACUAUUGUUUAAAUAAAAAUAUUCAGGAUUCAUUGCGAUAAGGUUUGAGUCCAAGAUAAGCGCCAUCUAGCCGAAAACGCAGCGUACUACGUACUAACUCUACGAUAAGUUUAGAUCAGUACCCCUAGCCCGAACCAAUAUCGAAUUCGUAUCGUUUGCGAGUCCGAAAUCUCAAAUGUGUACUGAUUUUUAGUUCUCGUUACGUACUUUGUGGUGCUGCUGUUCAAGUUUCCAUACAAAAUUUGACAUUGACAUUCCGUAAAACUAGUUUUAACGGGUUAAUGCACGAAACUUUAUUUAUUUAUUGACGUUUCGCAACCUUUUCAGGUCUGCAUCGUCAGAAUACUGAUUUUUUAUUUAAUUAUGACGAGCUAUCUUCGAAAGGCUACCUGUAAAGGCUGCGAAACGCCAAUAAAUAAAUAAAGUUUCGUGCAUUAACCCGUUAAAACUAGUUUUAUUUAAUGAGUGAUGUGCGUGAAAACCUAAGAAACAAAUAUUGACAUUUCGGUUUGCAAACUAUUCGAAUUCGAUAAUCUUUCGUGCUAGGGGUACUGCUUUUAAAACGCGCAGUUAAUGCCAUAUCUCAUAUAUUAUAUGAGAAUCAGCGGAUAUUCCGCUCGAAUUAGACCGCCCGUUUGGGGAAUUAAUCUCCACCUUACAGAAAAUCACAGUAAAAUAAUGCUACCUUUCGGUGGUGUUUUGUUUCUGUCGGUGUCUAAGAUUCCGAGGCCCCACGUGGUAGGGGAUUGGGUCAGAGUAGACAACGGCGUGAGUGAUAUUUUUGGUAUCGCAAGCAACGAUUAUUAAAUACCCUAGCUACACCACGAGCGCUCAAAAUGUGUCCCAAUCAAAAAGUGCUUGAACUCAAUUCAAGCACUUCUUGGUUCACAGUCACGCGCGGAUCGUUACAAAGCCAAGAUGCCACAGAGCUCCGCGAAAAAAUGCGAUAAUAAUACUUAGAGUACGAAAAGUGUCGUUUUUUCGACAGGUAACUAGUCAAUGUUUGUUAAUUUAACGCAUUUGAAGUAAAUUUUGAUCUAAUACUUACUAUAAACUGAUUUAAUAUAAAAUAUUUGUGAUAUUCAAAUGCAUGGUCGGUUAUAGGUCGCCAUAUAGCAGUCUCUUUUCCUAGCGGUCCGUGCCUGCUAUAUUGCUAACAGCGCGUUCAGAAUUGCGCGUAGAGUCAAAGAACUAAGGUCUAAAUUCUUCCACAUAUAGCAAUAAGUCGUAAAAUUUUACGAGCUUGCAUUUCGAACUGUUAGAAGUCCUUGACGCAUGCGUUUUAUUUAAGACCUUAUACAGUAUUAUUAAAGGUUACUUUCAAUAUUUAAAUAAUGCCUUAUAUUAAUUUUGACUAAGCGAUCAUCUUACGGAGCUCCGUGCAUCGUUCAAUGUACCUUUUGGACAGGUUUCGGGCACGAUAUUGUUCGUGUUGGUGUAUCUAGGGUAUCUAGGCUAUGGUGGCCGCUUACCAUUAAAAAAACCUGUCAAUUUAAGAAUAUGUUGAUUGUGUCCAUAAUGGUGUUGUAUAUAAGAAAAUAUGUAAUAUAUUCUUAACAUAAUAAUUUGAUGAUAAUUUGGAAGUAGAGUAAAAUAUGCUACAGCAACAGAAAAGUAUCUUUUAAAAUGAUAUACAUUUGAUUUUAAAGCAAUCAGACAAAAUAAUUCUUCCAUUGUUCACAUACUGCCAAUAAGAACUGCUACAGUAAAUUUAUAUUAGAACAAUACUCUUAUAAAAUCUUCCUUUCAAACCUUAUUUAUUGGUAACGAAAAACAAAAUACAAUUUACAUAUUUGCAAAGUCUUCUUGUUUUUGUAAACUAAUUAAAAUUGUGUAAUUUUCAUUGUUAAUACAUAUUCCUUUUCAAUUUUGAUAUUUUUUGUCUUAAUACUGUGUUAUCAGGAGAACUGUUUUUCUGUCACAGUAACACAGUUGUAAAAGGGGUUUUUAUAUGGGAAUCACACCAGUACCCUUAGCACGAACUAAUAUCGAAUUCGUAACGUUUGCGAGUCCGAAAUGUCAUUGUAAAAUGUGUACUUAUUUUUAGUUCUCGUUACGUACUUUGUGCCGCUGAUGUUCAAGUUUCUAUACAAAAUUUGACAUUGACAUUUCGCACUCGCAAAUUCGUACUAGGGGUACAGUAUUUCCCCUAUUCCAACCUCAGGCCCAAGCACAAACUUUGACAAUUCUGUAAACGUAUCGUCACCGUCAAAGGAUAUAAAUACAGAAGUUAAAGUCGGUUUCCGAAAGCGACGAAACAUAUAUCAUUGGAAAGCUUGUUUUAUAUUAUAAUAUGAACAGUACCCUUAGCACGAACCAAUAUCGAACUCGUAACGUUUGCUAGUACGAAAUGCCAUUGUCAAAUUUUGAACGGAAACUUGAACAGUAGCGGCACAAAGUACGUAACGUGAACUAAAAAUCAGUACACAUUUGACAAUGACAUUUCGGACUCGCAAACGUUACGAAUUCGAUUUUGGUUCGCGCUAAGGGUACUGGUCCCACAAAACAAUAGAAGAUAAUAAUGAAAGGAUGGUAAUACUAAGAAGACGUUAAAAUAAACUUUUCAGUGACAUAGUUUAUUGAAUAAUAAUAGGUUAUUUCCAUAACUUCACAUACUUACUGCCUACUUCAAACGGACUGCGAAUGCCAAAAGCUUCAAGUUUUGUACUCUACUGCUUUAAAUAUAAGGACAUGUUUUCUAACAAAAAAUAUUCCUUUACUGAAUAAAAUUAUGAGAUGGUUAAAUGUCUUAUCAUUUGCAUUGGGGAUGGAAUACUAUUUAGUUUGCGAAGGGUGUGGGUUCGAGUCCCGUGUGCUGCCUGAUCCGCGUG